GGCCUUCGAUAAUCACGAACGCGCACACAGCCGUAAUAAUUGCUGUCACGUCGUCUCCGUGCGCAUAUGCUGCCGCGGUGCUCCGCCAUCCAACCACCAGCGACAACCCCCACUUAGAAACGAUGGUAAAAUGAUUUCGCGAUAUUCUCCACGGAUCAAUUCCUAAACCGUUACAUAGCAAUCGAGCUUAUUUUUUGUGUCAGGCGCGUUAUCAGUUAAGAUGCUCGACUCAAGAAUUGCAAAGAUUUUCUGAGCCAAUUUGCUCAUACUACGAUCGAUAUAUAUGCAAUAUAUGAUAGUAUACAUUAAUAGAGAAGAAAACACGAUGAAUUUUGGAGGAUUAACUUUUUGAAGAAGAAUGAUCGAAAAGAUUAAACGUCGAUGAAAAAGCGAUAGUAAACAUACAUAUAUAGUUCAGAAAAAAGAGAGUCGAUAUUGUUGUGAUCGUGAAAGAGGCUAAUUAAUGGCGCCAGCAUUGGGCCAUGUCUUCUUUGGCCCGGACUUCCUUUUCCAAAAAUACGAGCUGCAAGAUAAACGUCUAAGAGGUAUUUUCGAUAGUGCACAAAGUGCACAGAAUGGAAGAGGAAUGCCCCCAGGAGAAUAGAAGAGACGAGACAAUGAUGCAGACUACGGUCACGGGACCGAAUACCUCAACGGAUAACGUUUGCGACAAUGGAGCACGUGUUUCCUGUCAAGAAGAGUUCACGUGUUCUCUGUAUAUCUCGCGUGCCGUCGGACCUCAAGGUCAAGUACAAGGAAUACCAGGUGGCGAGCUGCUACGUUCCAAUCUAGAAGAUGUGAUCCGCGCGUCCGAUCCAUUGGCAGCCUGGCACGUGUCUGAAACACCGUGUGGCCUGAUUGCGGCGUUCACACGCGAAGCUGACGCAGAGAAACUGUUGCAGCGUGGCGAUUUGGCGCGUAUUUUCGAAGGACCCGUACAAGUGGCUCGAUUCUCAGCAAAGGACUCUCGUUAUAGACAGGCGGUUCUUCUUCGUGAUGUACCCUGGGCCAUUCCACUGCAAGAUAUUAACUCCGCGCUGACGAAACAGGGAAUCACGACAGGAAGCGUUGAACGUUGGCGACAAUAUAUACGUGUCGAGGUGCUGGACGCCGGGCAUUACGAGCUAUUGUUGCGUCAAGGACUGGACUUCUUCGGUGCGGCUCGAUUCAGUGCCAUUCCAGAACGUUGGUGGCGCGGAGGAACCGGAAAUGCUGGUGGACCGCUGCAGGCAGGACCGGGAAUAGUCAGCAACUUUCUUGAGACAUCCAACUUCCAAACGGGAGAUGGUGUUCUUCAGUGUUAUCGGUGCCAGGGUUUCUGGCACAUGGCUGCCAACUGUAGACAUCUGCCACGUUGCGUUCGAUGCGGAGAGCCUCACAGCGUUGAGUUUUGCCCCAGGCCUCGAAACAAUCCUAUCUGCUGUCAUUGUUCCGGCCCUCAUCAUGCCGGCUACCGACAAUGUCCGGUUCGGCAGCAACUUUCGAACGCUACUCCUAUUAGUAUCACGCUGAGCACUACCCGGAUUGGAAACCAGUACCCGGUGAACGCGGCUUCCAAGACGAACGCGUCCGCUCACGAGCAGCAGCCCUUGAAAUCGAGUCAAUCUUAACGAGAAAUUACCGCAUAUCAAUGUAUCGAUUCUGUCCAUACAUUGACCUUAAGCUCUCGUAAAUUGCACGUUUAUCGAUAUUUAUAGGUGUGCUACGGUCAGCUACAGAGUUUCCAAGCUCGCUUUCAAUUCUUAAAUGAAACAAAGAAACUAACGUACCAAUGAACAUUCUUUUCUAUCUUUUUUACAUGUAUUUUUAACGAUGUUUUUAUAACUUUUAAUCGACGUAUAAUUACUCUCGUGGAAUCAUUUAAAUUGAAGAUAAUAAAUCCAUUAGAAAAAUA